UUCGUUCCACUAUGUCACUGUUCAACCAAACUAUUCAUAACCAUCAGACCUUUACCCUGAUUGGGAUUCCAGGAAUGCCAGAGAAAGACUUCUGGAUGGCUUUGCCCCUCUGCCUUCUUUACAGUACCACAUUCCUAGGUAAUUUCAUUAUCCUUGUUGUCAUAAAGGUUGAGCGAAGUCUCCAUGAACCCAUGUAUUAUUUUCUGGCUAUGCUAGCUGCCACUGACCUUAGCCUUUCAUUAUCUUCCAUGCCGACCAUGAUAAGUGUUCACUUGUUUGACUGGCGCUCAGUAACCCUUGAUGUCUGCAUCACUCAGAUGUUCUUUAUCCACAACUUUGGAGGAGUGGAAUCAGGUGUUCUGGUCGCCAUGGCCUUUGAUCGCUUUGUGGCUAUUCGCUUCCCUUUGCGCUAUGCUACCAUUCUCACUCAUGGAGUCAUCAUCAAAAUUGGAGCAGCAGUCCUGCUCCGGAGUGUGAGUGUAGUGCUCCCUGUGCCUUUCCUCAUCAAAAGGCUACCUUUCUGCCGCUCCAAUGUCCUUUCCCACGCAUACUGCCUCCAUCAGGAUGCCAUGAGGCUUGCCUGUGCUGACACCCGUGUCAAUAGCAUCUAUGGUCUGCUGGCUGUGAUCUUCACCAUUGUACUAGAUGCCUUGAUCCUUUUGAUUUCUUACUUUCUAAUCCUCCAGGAAGUACUGGGCAUUGCUUCCAGAGAAGAGAGACUUAAGGCUCUUAAUACCUGCUUCUCUCAUAUCUGUGCAGUACUGCUCUUCUAUGUGCCUCUCAUUGGCAUGACUCUGAUUCACCGCUUUGGGAAGCAUUUGUCACCAAUAAUACACACACUUAUGGCCAAUAUCUACCUGCUGCUCCCUCCUCUGCUCAAUCCUGUUGUGUACAGUGUUAGGACCAAGCAGAUCCGGCAGCGGAUUGUCCGAGCAUUCUGUGGGAACAGGAUUGGCCAUUAA